UAAUACAUCAAGUUCUAUAUCAAGUUUUGUACAUAAUGACAACGAUAAUAGAAGAACUAUUAAUCAUAAACAACAAACAAAAAUGGAAAAUUUUUUAUACAAGUUUACGAAUGCGAAUCAAAAAGAACUGGAAAGUUUGUUAGCAUGUGGGUUUUAUUCUGCUA